CUCUUCCAACUUCCUUUACACUAACUUCUAUCUAUACCUCUCAUCAAACACUUUCCUCCAUGAAGCAUUUUAUAUCAGCCAUGCUUGUUCUAUUCCUCCUGUUACUCUCACCAAACAGGUCUAAAGGAAUCAGGUUAUUGAUGGAAGAACAGUCACUGAAUUCCAAACACUACCAUCUCCAUGAGGAUAGUUUGAGGAGCCAUGACAUGAGUAAGGAGAAGAAGAGUGGAGCAUUAAUCGACAGCAAGCAAGGGGAAGUGCAUGUCUACAGCUCGUUGCCGCCGCGACCGGAAACGAAGCCUCCGACGACGAUGCAGAAAUACCCUGACAACCUAGAUAUUGCAGGAAUGGACUACUCUCCUGCAAAGAGAAAGCCUCCAAUCCACAACUGAAGUAGCAUACACGCAGCUUAGGAAUUUAGUAGUGGGUAUCAGUCAGUAGUAGUGGUAGAUAGGUAGAACUGUAUGUUGAAGGACAACAUUGCUGGAAAUGCUGCAGUUUUCUCGGACGAGGUCCCAUAUUUGUAAAGUGGAUUAGAUGAAGUCGAGUGAGGCCAAGGGAGGAGCCAAUUAGCAGUGGGCUGGGAGAGACAAAGAUGGGGAGAGAUUUGUCUCAAGUGUGUGUGGCUUAAUAUGCCUUGGAACUAUAUCAA